AAAUGAAACACAUUUGGUGUUAAAAAAUUCAAGCUACAACUUUCAACAUGCCGUAUCAGACCAUUAUGCCCAAAAGGGGGGUCAAGGAGAAGGGAGGGAUGGAUCCAAAAACAACAGCUUUGACACAACUUGGAAUAUCUAUUGGGAGUAAGAACAUGAGAAGUAUACAAAGGUCGGACAUAGAUACUGCUUUUGUUACCAGUAUGCACGAGUCCGUUAUGCAGCAAGCUUGUGAUUUGAAAAAACAUGAAAAGAAGACCCGAAGACAAGACCAACAAACUCUACAUGAAGCUUAUCAACUUCUUAUCAAGCACUCGGAGAACUUUGCUGGAGAAAGUAUUGAAGAGGAGAAAAGGAAAGACCGACGCAAAGAAGAAGAAGAAGAAGAAGUGAAAGGGAAGAUUGAAGAGAAAGAUUAUGAGAAUUUUGAUGAAAAAGAUGAGGACUGGGCCAACUAAACUAAUAGUUGAAUUGAACUGUUUGAAAUUUAAUUAAAAACAUUAUAAUAAAGAUAAAAUUUUGUCUUAUUGAA